UCGAUCGAUCAGGGAGAGUGAAGUGAGCCGGGGGAGCAACAAGGGAGAGAGCAUAUGGUGGUAAAAGGACAGUGACGCGACAGCGACGACGCUGAUCAUUUAUUCCUCAGUGUAAAUACCCACCACAAAGCUUCACAGGUCGUCUUCCACAUCCUUCUCUCCGACGACGCUACCUAGCUAAGCUGCUGCUCUGUAGCUGGCAGGCUAGGGUUUACGCUAGCUGAUCGGAGCUACCACCAACGCCGGUGGUUGGUAGCUCGGCGGCGGCGGGAUCUUCUUCUUGCUCGGGUUAAUUGGCGAGCUAUAUAUAUAUCUAGCUCAUCGGCGGGAAGGGGAAAUCUCGGCUGACUUGAAGGGAUCGGAGGAGGCCAUAUAUAUGCAUGGCUGAGUUCUUCUAGCUAGGUGGAUCGAGGACUGACGAUGGGAGGAUGAGCUCGAGGAGGCGUUGAUAAGGAUGAUACUAGGAAGCAACCAAGCGGCCGCCGCCGCGGCUGCGGCAGCUGCGGCGGAGGAGGAGGCGGCGGAGCUAGCGAGGAAGCACACGGCGGCGGUGGCGACGUCGCGGCAAUGGUCGGCGCAGACGGAGUCGCGGAUCGUGCGCGUGUCGCGGGUGUUCGGCGGCAAGGACCGGCACAGCAAGGUGAAGACGGUGAAGGGGCUGCGCGACCGGCGGGUGCGGCUGUCGGUGCCGACGGCGAUCCAGCUGUACGACCUGCAGGACCGGCUGGGGCUCAACCAGCCCAGCAAGGUGGUGGACUGGCUGCUCAACGCGGCGCGCCACGAGAUCGACAAGCUGCCGCCGCUGCAGUUCCCGCCGCAGGACCACCUCUGCAUGGGACACCACCACCACCUGCCGUCGGCCAUGCCGCUGAUGCACCACCACGGCCACCACCACCACGCCGACGACGAUAAGUACCACGUCGCGGCGGCGGCGGCCGCGCUGGCCGCGGAGAAGGAGGCGGCGGCGGCCGGCGGCGGAGGAGGAGGAGGGGGAGACGACGUCGACGGCGGGGGCGGCGGCGGAGCGGCGCACAUAGUGGGGAGGUUCCCCGCCGGUGGCUACCACCGGUUCAUGGGGCUGAACAACCCGCUGGGGAUGGUCAACAGCGCCGCCGGCGCCGCCAUGCCGUUCCACUACGCCGGUGAGUCAUGGAAUAAUGGCAGCGUGCAAGACAGCGGCGCCGGCUCGCCGCAGGUGGCCGCCGCCGCGGCUCACCACACCUCGCCGUUCCCUUCACUGCUUUCCUUGGCUCCAGGGCCGCAUCAUCAGCUGGUGUUCUACUCCUCCGAGGCCGAGCAGUUCACAGUAGACAACCUUGGCUCGCAGGGCUUGUCCCUGAGCUCGGCGAGAGCUUUCCAUGAUCAGACAGGAAGCUAAGCAAGCUCGAUCUACACAGUACACACACUGGAACAACACUCUUCGAUCGUCGACAAGGUAAGGAUCGAUGAGCUCUACCAAAAGAACAAAUCUAAGCUAGCUAGUGCAAGUGUGUGCAUUGCUUUGAUCUAUGUAUUAAUUUCUUUCAAGGGAACAAUUAAGCUUGUGGGUUAAGAUUUAAGAAGGAAGAUACUGCCAGCUAGCUGGCUGCUAAUUUCUUUUGCUCUGAAACUAGGGCAAGAAAUAUGCAGGGCUUUGCUGCAUAUGCCUGUGUGCAAUACGGAUUUGUUACUUCUUUUUAUAUGCAAAGAAGUAAUUGAUGUAUUGGCUUGUGUAAUAAUUAAUAAGUUCUGAAUUUUGAACCUUUCAGUUCUGCCUA